UUCAGUUGCGUUGUGCCCCAUACAGCAGUAGCGCUGGAAUACUUUAUUUCACCCCCCGGUCCAAUAAACGUCGCCAAAAUUAUUCACCAACAAACCAUCACCGACAUCAACUUCGCCACGGCGGCCACCAUGCCAUAUAAUGGCGCCAGCAAUGGCAGUGGUGGUGGCGGUGGCGGAGGUGGUGGCGGUAUAAGCGAUGGGCCGCAGAAUAAGAAGAUACGCACCGGUGUACAGCAGCCGGGCGAAACGGAUGCACAUCUUCAUGCAAGGGCGGUCGUACAACAGAGCCAGCAACAGGCUUUACUCAACAAAUCCAAUGAUGAUCUGCGACGGAAACGCCCGGAAACUACGCGGCCAAAUCACAUUCUACUCUUCACCAUCAUAAAUCCAUUCUAUCCCAUCACAGUGGAUGUUUUGCACAAAAUUUGCCAUCCCCAUGGUCAGGUGCUGCGCAUUGUCAUCUUCAAGAAGAAUGGCGUACAAGCAAUGGUUGAAUUUGAUAGUCUUGAAGCGGCCACAAGAGCACGUGAGAAUCUAAAUGGUGCCGAUAUUUACUCGGGCUGCUGCACUUUGAAAAUUGAUUAUGCCAAGGUAAGUGAAUUGAAUUGGAUUAUUUGUUUCUGUGCCGAAAAGCCAUAUGAUUAAUCUUUGAUUAAUCAACUAAUAAAGUUUGGAUUAAUCAGCUUGUUCGAUUAAUUGAUUAGUCCCGACAAAGGUUUAAAGUCUCCUCUUUGUCUUUUGGUAAAAAAUAGUCACAUUGAUUAG